ACAAAAAUUUAAAAAUCAUUCAGAAUCAUGAAGUUCAUCAUUGUGUUAAUUACUACAAUCACAAUUUCUACUGCUAAAGCUUCCCUUUAAAUCCCUAUAUACUAGGAGGUAAGAAUGCUUCCGAAGGUCAAUUCCCCUACAUGGUAUCCCUCCGUAAUUAUGGUAAACACUGGUGUGGUGCUUCCAUCCUGGAUGAGGUCAACAUCCUCUGCGCUGCGCAUUGUAUCUACGACCAAACAGCUCCCACAAUGACCAUUCGUGUUGGUAACAACAAACUCUCUGAACAAACAGAAACCUAUCAAGUGGCAUCAAUCAUCCAACAUGAAAACUAUCAAAGACCUAGUAAAAAGAACGACGUCGCCAUUCUAACCUUAACCACACCCAUAGUGUUCCGCGAUGGUGUGCAACCAGUUAAACUCCGUCAGAGUGACAUAACCACAGAGGAAGUUGUAUUAUCAGGAUGGGGUCUUACCUCUUUUCCGGGAGAGAAUCCAGAUCAUUUACAAUAUAGCACUUUGAAUACCAUAACCUAUGAAGAGUGUGUUAAAUAUGAAGAAGAUUUUGUUGUAAGUGAAACAGAUGUAUGUACACUUGAUAAAAUAGGAAUUGGUGCUUGUUAUGGUGAUUCCGGAAGUCCUUUGGUGGACUUAAAAGGAGAACAAGUUGGUAUCACUGCUUGGGGUAUACAUGGUUGCGGACUUGGGUAUCCAACAGUCUUCACACGUGUUUAUUCAUAUUUAUCAUGGAUUGAAGAUAAUCGCAAGUAAAUGAUUAUCAAUUAUUGUAAAACACAAUAAAACUUUAUCUGGGUAAUCCCUUGA